AUGGCGGCGGCGGCGGGCGGCGGCGGUUGCCCCGGGCCUGGCUCCGCGCGGGGCCGCUUCCCGGGCCGGCCGCGGGGCUCCGGCGGGGGCGGGGGCCGCGGCGGACGGGGCAACGGGGCCGAAAGAGUGCGGGUAGCUCUGCGGCGCGGCAGCGGCGCGGCGGGGCCGGGCGGAGCCGAGCCCGGGGAGGACACGGCCCUGCUCCGUUUGCUGGGACUCCACCGGGGCCUGCGCCGGCUCCGCCGCCUGUGGGCCGGCCCGCGCAUUCAGCGGGGCCGGGGCCGGGGUCGGGGCCGGGGCUGGGGCCCGAGCCGGGGCUGCCUGCUGGAGGAGGAGAGCAGUGACGGGGAGUCCGACGAUGAGGAGUUUCAGGGUUUUCAUUCAGAUGAAGAUGUGGCCCCCAGUUCCCUGCGCUCUGCGCUCCGAUCCCAGCGAGGUCGAGCCCCCCGAGGUCGGGGCCGCAAGCAUAAGACGACCCCCCUUCCGCCUCCUCGCCUAGCAGAUGUGGCUCCUACACCCCCAAAGACUCCUGCGCGGAAACGGGGUGAGGAGGGCACAGAACGGAUGGUGCAGGCACUGACUGAACUUCUCCGGCGGGCCCAGGCACCCCCAGCCCCCCGGAGCCGGGCAUGUGAGUCCUCCACCCCCCGUCGGUGUCGGGGACGGCCCCCAGGACGGCCAGCAGGCCCCUGCAGGAAGAAGCAACAAGCAGUAGUGGUGGCAGAAGCAGCUGUGACAAUCCCCAAACCUGAGCCCCCACCUCCUGUUGUUCCAGUAAAACACCGAACUGGCAGCUGGAAGUGCAAGGAGGGGCCCGGCCCAGGACCUGGGACCCCCAAGCGUGGAGGACAGUCUGGGCGAGGAGGCCGUGGAGGCAGGGGCCGAGGCCGAGGCCGGCUCCCCCUCGUGAUCAAGUUUGUUUCAAAGGCCAAAAAAAUGAAGAUGGGACAGUUGUCCUUGGGACUUGAAUCAGGUCAGGGUCAAGAUCAGCAUGAGGAAAGCUGGCAGGAUGCCCCCCAGGGAAGAGCUGGAUCUGGGCAAGGAGAGGGCCCCUGCUGGAGGAAAGAGCAGAAGCUGGAGGAGGAGGGAGAGGAGGAGAAAGAAGAGGAAGAUGAGGAAGAGAGAGCUGUAGCUGAGGAAGCAAUGGUGCUAGCCGAGGAGAAGGAAGAGGCAAAGCUGCCGUCACCACCCCUGACUCCUCCAGCCCCUCCACCUCCUCCAUCCCUGCCACCCCCCUCAGCAUCUCCUCCAUCCCCACUUUGCCCUCCCCCACCACCUGUGUCUCCUCCCCCCCCACCAUCUCCCCCACCGCCUCGUGCCCCCGAGGAGCAGGAAGAGUCCCCUCCUCCCGUGGUCCCAGCUACAUGCUCGCGAAAGAGGGGCCGGCCUCCCCUGACUCCCAGCCAGCGGGCAGAGCGAGAAGCUGCUCGGGCAGGGCCAGAGGGCACCUCUCCUCCCACUCCAGUCCCCAGCACUGCCACAGGAGGCCCUCUGGAAGACAGCCCCACUGUGGCCCCCAAAAGUACCACCUUUCUGAAGAACAUCCGACAGUUUAUUAUGCCUGUGGUGAGUGCCCGCUCUUCCCGUGUCAUCAAGACACCCCGGCGAUUUAUGGAUGAAGACCCCCCCAAGCCCCCAAAGGUGGAGGUCUCACCUACUCUACGGCCUCCCAUUGCCACCUCCCCACUGGCCCCCCAGGAACCAGCACCAGCCCCCUCUCCACCCCGUGCCCCAACUCCUCCAUCUACCCCAGUCCCACUCCCUGAGAAGAGACGGUCCAUCCUAAGGGAACCCACAUUUCGCUGGACCUCACUGACCCGGGAACUGCCCCCUCCUCCCCCUGCUCCUCCACCGGCCCCACCCCCACUUCCUGCCCCUGUCACUCCUUCCCGGAGGCCCCUGCUCCUUCGGGCCCCUCAGUUUACCCCAAGUGAAGCCCACCUGAAGAUCUACGAAUCGGUGCUUACUACUCCUCCUCUUGGGGCCCCUGAAGCCCCUGAGCCAGAGCCGCCUCCUGCCGAUGACUCCCCAGCUGAGCCUGAGCCGCGGGCAGUGGGCCGCACGAACCACCUCAGCUUGCCUCGAUUUGCCCCUGUGGUCGCCACUCCUGUUAAGGCUGAGAUGCCCUCCCCUGGGGCUCCAGCUCCAAGCAGUGGGCAGCAGCCUCACGCUCAGCUGCAGCAGCCCCUGCAGGCCUUGCACACCCAGCUGCUGCCCGCAGCACUACCACCACCGCAGUCACUGCUGCAGCCACAGUUACAGCUGCAGCCGCCGCCACAGCAGGCGCCACCACUGGAAAAGGCCCGGAUCGCAGGCCUGGGGUCCUUACCACUGUCUGGUGUGGAGGAGAAAAUGUUCAGCCUCCUCAAGAGAGCCAAGGUGCAGCUAAUCAAGAUUGACCAGCAGCAGCAGCAGAAAGUGGCGUCUUUGAUGCCGCCCAGCCCUGGAGGGCAGAUGGAGGAGGUUGUGGGGACUGUCAAGCAGAUCCCAGAUAGAGGUUCUGUCAAGUCGGAAGAUGAAUCAGUGGAAACUAAGAGGGAGAGACCAUCGGGCCCCGAGUCCCCUGUGCAAGGCCCCCGCAUCAAACAUGUGUGCCGUCACGCUGCUGUGGCCCUGGGUCAGGCCCGGGCCAUGGUGCCUGAAGACGUCCCCCGCCUCAGCGCUCUCCCUCUCCGGGAUCGGCAGGACCUCAACGCGGAGGAUACGUCAUCAGCAUCUGAGACCGAGAGCGUCCCAUCCCGGUCCCAGCCAGGAAAGGUGGAGUCAGCAGGGCCCGGGGGAGACUCAGAGCCUGCAGGGUCUGGAGGGACCCUGGCACACGCACCCCGGCGCUCACUGCCCUCCCAUCACGGCAAGAAGAUGCGGAUGGCACGGUGUGGACACUGUCGGGGCUGCCUGCGUGUGCAGGACUGUGGCUCCUGUGUCAACUGCCUGGACAAGCCCAAGUUUGGGGGCCCCAACACCAAGAAGCAGUGCUGUGUAUACCGGAAGUGUGACAAGAUAGAGGCACGGAAGAUGGAACGGCUGGCCAAAAAAGGCCGGACGAUAGUGAAGACGCUGUUGCCCUGGGAUUCCGAUGAAUCUCCUGAGGCCUCCCCUGGUCCUCCAGGCCCACGCCGGGGGGCGGGAGCUGGGGGGCCCCGGGAGGAGGUGGUGGCCGCCCCGGGGCCCGAGGAGCAGGACUCCUUCCUACUGCAGCGCAAGUCAGCCCGGCGCUGCGUCAAACAGCGACCCUCCUAUGAUAUCUUCGAGGACUCGGAUGACUCAGAGCCCGGGGGUCCCCCUGCUCCUCGGCGUCGGACCCCCCGGGAGAAUGAGCUGCCAGUGCCAGAACCAGAGGAGCAGAGCCGGCCCCGCAAACCCACCCUGCAGCCUGUGUUGCAGCUCAAGGCCCGAAGGCGCCUGGACAAGGAUGCUUUGGGUCCUGGCCCUUUCGCCUCUUUUCCCAAUGGCUGGACUGGAAAACAAAAGUCUCCAGAUGGUGUGCACCGGGUUCGUGUGGAUUUUAAGGAGGAUUGUGACCUGGAGAAUGUGUGGCUGAUGGGUGGCCUAAGCGUACUCACCUCCGUGCCAGGGGGACCACCCAUGGUGUGCUUGCUGUGUGCCAGCAAAGGCCUGCAUGAGCUGGUGUUCUGCCAGGUCUGCUGUGACCCUUUCCACCCAUUCUGCCUGGAGGAGGCCGAGCGGCCCCUGCCCCAACAUCAUGACACUUGGUGCUGCCGCCGCUGCAAGUUUUGCCAUGUCUGUGGGCGCAAAGGCCGGGGAUCCAAGCACCUCCUGGAGUGUGAGCGCUGCCGCCAUGCUUACCACCCAGCCUGUCUGGGGCCCAGCUACCCAACCCGGGCCACACGCAAACGGCGCCACUGGAUCUGCUCAGCCUGCGUGCGCUGUAAGAGCUGUGGGGCAACUCCAGGCAAGAACUGGGACGUCGAGUGGUCGGGAGAUUACAGCCUCUGCCCCAGGUGCACCCAGCUCUUUGAGAAAGGAAACUAUUGCCCGAUCUGCACACGCUGCUAUGAAGACAAUGACUACGAGAGCAAGAUGAUGCAGUGUGCACAGUGUGACCACUGGGUGCACGCCAAGUGUGAGGGGCUCUCAGAUGAAGACUACGAGAUCCUUUCAGGGCUGCCAGACUCGGUGCUGUACACCUGUGGGCCGUGUGCUGGGGCCACGCAUCCCCGCUGGCGAGAGGCCCUGAGUGGGGCCCUGCAGGGGGGCCUGCGCCAGGUGCUUCAAGGCCUGCUGAGCUCCAAGGUGGCAGGCCCACUGCUGCUGUGCACCCAGUGUGGGCAGGAUGGACAGCAGCUGCACCCAGGGCCCUGUGAUCUGCACGCUGUGAGCCGGCGCUUCGAGGAGGGCCACUACAAGUCUGUGCACAGCUUCAUGGAGGAUGUGGUGGGCAUCCUGAUGAGGCACUCUGAGGAAGGAGAGAUGCUGGAGCGCCGGGCUGGAGGCCAGACCAAGGGGCUCCUACUGAAGCUGCUAGAGUCUGCGUUUGGCUGGUUCGACGCCCACGACCCCAAGUACUGGCGACGGAGUACCCGGCUGCCCAACGGAGUCCUUCCCAAUGCUGUGUUGCCCCCAUCCCUGGACCACGUCUACGCUCAGUGGAGGCAGCAGGAACCAGAGACCCCAGAAUCAGGGCAGCCUCCAGGGGAUCCCUCAACAGCUUUCCAGGGCAAGGAUUCAGCUGCUUUCUCACAUCUGGAGGACCCCCGUCAGUGUGCGCUCUGCCUCAAAUAUGGGGAUGCGGACUCUAAGGAGGCAGGACGGCUUCUGUACAUUGGGCAGAAUGAGUGGACACACGUCAACUGUGCCAUUUGGUCAGCCGAAGUGUUUGAAGAAAACGACGGCUCCCUCAAAAACGUGCAUGCUGCUGUGGCUCGAGGGAGGCAGAUGCGCUGUGAGCUCUGCCUGAAGCCUGGUGCUACGGUGGGCUGCUGCCUCUCCUCCUGCCUCAGCAACUUCCACUUCAUGUGCGCCCGGGCCAGCUACUGCAUCUUCCAGGAUGACAAGAAGGUGUUCUGCCAGAAACACACAGACCUGUUGGAUGGCAAGGAGAUCGUGAACCCUGAUGGUUUUGAUGUUCUCCGCCGAGUCUACGUGGACUUUGAGGGCAUCAAUUUCAAGCGAAAGUUCUUGACGGGGCUUGAACCUGAUGCCAUCAAUGUGCUCAUUGGUUCCAUCCGGAUCGACUCCUUGGGCACUCUCUCUGACCUCUCAGACUGUGAGGGACGGCUCUUCCCCAUUGGCUACCAGUGCUCCCGUCUGUACUGGAGCACAGUAGAUGCCCGGCGGCGCUGCUGGUAUCGGUGCCGGAUCCUGGAGUAUCGGCCGUGGGGGCCAAGGGAAGAGCCAGUUCACCUGGAGGCAGCAGAAGAGAACCAGACCAUUGUGCACAGUCCUGCCCCUUCCUCAGAGCCCCCAGAUCAUGUGGACCCCCCGCCAGAUACAGAUGUCCUUAUCCCUAGAGCUCCUGAGCACCACCCACCUGUUCAGAAUCCGGACCCCCCACCUCGGCUGGAUCCAAGCAGCGCCCCUCCUCCAACCCCCCGCUCCUUCUCGGGGGCUCGAAUCAAAGUGCCCAACUACUCACCAUCCCGGAGGCCCUUGGGGGGUGUGUCCUUUGGACCCCUGCCCUCCCCUGGAAGUCCAUCUUCUCUGACCCACCACAUCCCUACAGUGGGAGACCCGGACUUCCCAGCUCCCCCGAGACGCUCCCGUCGCCCCAGCCCUCUGGCUUCCAGGCUGCCACCUUCACGGCGGGCCUCUCCCCCUCUCAGAACCUCUCCUCAGCUCAGGGUGCCCCCUCCUACCUCAGUCGUUAGAGCCCUCACACCUACCUCAGGGGAGCUGGCUCCCCCAAGCCGGGCCCCGUCUCCUCCACCACCCCCUGAAGACCUGGGCCCAGACUUUGAGGACAUGGAGGUGGUAUCAGGACUGAGUGCUGCUGACCUGGACUUUGCGGCCAGCCUGCUGGGGACUGAGCCCUUCCAGGAAGAGAUCGUGGCUGCGGGGGCUGGGGGUAGCAGCCACGGGGGCCUGGGGGACAGCUCAGAGGAGGAGGCCAGCCCCACCCCCCGCUACGUCCACUUCCCUGUGACUGUGGUGUCUGGCCCUGCCCUGGGCCCUGGUGCCCUCCCCGGAGCCCCCCGCAUUGAACAGCUGGACGGAGUGGAUGAUGGCACCGACAGCGAGGCCGAGGCAGUCCAGCAGCCUCGGGGCCAGGGGACUCCUCCUUCAGGGCCAGGAGCAGGCCGGGCGGGGCUUAUCGGGGCUGCAGGGGACAGGGCCCGACCUCCCGAGGACUUGCCGUCAGAAAUCGUGGAUUUUGUGUUGAAGAACCUAGGGGGGCCUGGGGAGGGGGUUGCUGGACCCAGAGAGGAGCCCCACCCCCCAGCACCUCCCCUGGCCAAUGGCAGCCAGCCCCCUCAGGGCCUGCCCCCUAACCCAGCUGACCCCACCCGGACGUUUGCCUGGCUCCCUGGACCCCCAGGGGUCCGGGUAUUGAGCCUCGGCCCUGCCCCUGAGCCCCCGAAACCUGCCGCAUCCAAGAUCAUCCUUGUCAACAAGCUGGGGCAGGUGUUUGUAAAGAUGGCAGGGGAGGGUGAACCUGUCUCACCCCCAGUGAAGCCACCGCCUCUGCCUCCUCCCAUGCCCCCCACGACCCCCACUUCCUGGACUCUGCCCCCAGGACCCCUGCUGGGUGUGUUGCCAGUAGUAGGGGUGGUCCGCCAAGCCCCGCCCCCACCCCCCCCUCCGUUGACGCUGGUGUUGAGCAGUGGGCCCCCCAGCCCGCCCCGCCAGGCCAUCCGUGUCAAAAGGGUGUCCACCUUCUCUGGCCGUUCUCCACCAGCACCUCCACCAAGCAAGACUCCCCGGCUGGAGGAAGAUGGAGAGUCCUUGGAGGACCCCCCCCAGGGUUCAGGGCCUUGUGGCAGUGGGUUCAGCCGAGUGAGGAUGAAAACGCCCACCGUGCGUGGAGUCCUUGACCUGGAUGAUCCUGGGGAGCCCACUGCGGGGGAAAGUCCGAGGCCCCUCCAGGACCGGUCCCCUCUGCUGCCACUUCCUGAAGGUGGUCCUCCCCGGGCCCCUGAGGGUCCCCCUGACCUGCUGCUUGAGUCCCAGUGGCACCACUACUCAGGUGAGGCUUCAAGCUCCGAGGAAGAGCCUCCAUCCCCAGAGGACAAAGAGAACCAGGCCCCUAAACGGGCUGGCCCACACCUGCGUUUCGAGAUCAGCAGUGAGGAUGGGUUCAGCGUAGAGGCAGAAAGCUUGGAAGGGGCAUGGAGAACUCUGAUUGAGAAGGUGCAAGAGGCCCGAGGGCAUGCCCGGCUCAGACAUCUCUCCUUCAGUGGAAUGAGUGGGGCAAGGCUCCUGGGCAUCCACCACGAUGCUGUCAUCUUCCUGGCAGAGCAGCUGCCCGGGGCUCAGCGCUGCCAGCACUACAAGUUCCGCUACCACCAGCAGGGAGAGGGCCAGGAGGAGCCACCCCUGAACCCCCAUGGGGCAGCCCGCGCAGAGGUGUAUCUCCGCAAGUGCACCUUUGACAUGUUCAACUUCCUGGCCUCCCAGCACCGGGUGCUUCCUGAGGGAGCCACCUGUGACGAGGAAGAGGAUGAGGUGCAGCUCAGGUCAACCAGACGUGCCACCAGUCUGGAGCUGCCCAUGGCCAUGCGCUUUCGCCACCUCAAGAAGACAUCCAAAGAGGCUGUGGGUGUCUACAGAUCUGCCAUCCACGGGCGGGGCCUGUUCUGUAAGCGCAACAUCGAUGCUGGUGAGAUGGUCAUUGAGUACUCUGGUAUUGUCAUUCGCUCUGUGCUGACUGACAAGCGGGAGAAGUUCUAUGAUGGGAAGGGCAUUGGGUGCUACAUGUUCCGCAUGGAUGACUUUGACGUGGUGGACGCCACCAUGCAUGGCAAUGCCGCCCGCUUCAUCAACCACUCGUGUGAGCCCAAUUGCUUCUCUCGAGUCAUCCAUGUGGAGGGCCAGAAGCACAUCGUCAUCUUCGCCCUGCGCCGCAUCCUGCGUGGUGAGGAGCUCACCUAUGACUACAAGUUCCCCAUUGAGGAUGCCAGCAACAAGCUGCCCUGCAACUGUGGCGCCAAGCGCUGCCGUCGCUUCCUUAACUGA